GAAAGCUCGGCGGCGGCGGAGGGAGUCUAUGCGCGCUGGACAGCAGUGGGAGGUGUGUGCGACUAGCUGUGGCCGCAGACCUUCGGGCUCAACCGCCGGGAGACUAGCACUCGGUGACGGGGCUGCCGGGCUACCGGGCCGAGCUUUCAGAGGCGUAAACUGAUGAGACUGGCUGGUUCGGCAGUGUCUCCUUGGUCUUUUAAGUACACUAAGCGGGGACCCGCGCUGAAGUAGAAGCUGUCUAGGGGAGCACAGCCCGGAGUCCCAGUGUGGCACGGAGGAACGGAGCCCGUGCCAGGGCAACCCAAUCGGGAGCCUGGGGACCGAGCCCGCGUUUACGGGAGAUCCCCGCUUCUUCGCAGGGGUGUCAAUCCCGGGACUAUCGAGGAGUCUGGACCGUCAACGAAUCCUCGGUGGGGAGAUCCUAUCGGGAAGAGGGCGCGGAGUCCCAGAUAGUCUCGGGGAGCCGAGCCGAAUCAGGCGGGAUCACCCGGGGGCGCCGAGCCCUCGGAGGCCGCAGCUCAUGCCAGGGUUGGGGGCGCCUGCCCAGUGAGUCCUCCUGGCCGGCCGGGCGGAGGAGAGCGACACCGAAGCCGGCGGCUACGGAGGAUGGGCGCCUGAGUGGCUCGGAGCGAGCGCAGCGCGGCACAGGCAGGCAACGCAAGCUUUGCUGAGGAGGCGCCAGGGGAUCCCUCAGUGCAUCCUGCCCCCGGGAAGAUGGCCCGGCCUGGGCAACGUUGGCUCAGCAAGUGGCUUGUGGCAAUGGUCGUGUUAACGCUGUGCCGGCUGGCCACACCGCUGGCGAAGAACCUGGAGCCCGUGUCCUGGAGCUCCCUCAACCCCAAGUUCCUGAGUGGGAAGGGCUUGGUGAUCUAUCCGAAGAUUGGAGACAAGCUGGACAUUAUCUGCCCCCGAGCAGAAGCGGGGCGGCCCUAUGAGUACUACAAGCUGUACUUGGUACGGCCAGAACAGGCAGCUGCCUGCAGUACUGUGCUGGACCCCAACGUGCUAGUCACCUGCAACAGACCACAGCAAGAAAUCCGCUUUACCAUCAAGUUCCAGGAGUUCAGCCCCAACUACAUGGGCCUGGAGUUCAAAAAGUACCAUGAUUACUACAUUACCUCCACAUCUAAUGGGAGCCUGGAGGGGCUGGAGAACCGGGAGGGAGGUGUAUGCCGUACACGCACCAUGAAGAUUGUCAUGAAAGUUGGACAAGAUCCCAAUGCUGUGACACCUGAGCAACUAACUACCAGCCGGCCCAGCAAGGAGGCAGACAACACUGUCAAGACAGCCACCCAGGCCCCUGGCCGGGGCCACCAGGGUGACUCUGAUGGCAAGCAUGAGACUGUGAACCAGGAAGAGAAGAGUGGCUCAGGUGCAGGUGGGGGCAGCAGCGGGGACGCCGACAGCUUCUUCAACUCCAAGGUGGCAUUGUUUGCAGCCGUUGGUGCUGGCUGUGUCAUCUUCCUUCUCAUCAUCAUCUUCCUGACCGUCCUACUACUUAAGCUGCGCAAGCGACACCGCAAGCACACACAGCAGCGAGCCGCUGCCCUGUCACUCAGUACCCUGGCCAGUCCUAAAGGGGGUAGUGGCACAGCGGGCACUGAGCCCAGCGACAUCAUCAUCCCUUUACGGACUACAGAGAACAACUACUGCCCCCACUAUGAGAAGGUGAGUGGGGACUACGGGCACCCCGUCUACAUCGUCCAGGAGAUGCCACCCCAGAGCCCAGCGAACAUCUACUACAAGGUCUGAGUGCCCAAAGCAGCUUUGAGCCCCGAGGGACAGAUGGCCUGGAUGGACCUCUCCUUUGUCCCCCACACCCUUCCCCUUGCCAGCUGUGCCCACCUUUGUAUUUAGUUUUGUAGUUUCUUGGCUUUUAUAAUUCCCCUUUUUCCUGCCCCCUGGGCUUUGGAGGGGGGUGCUUGUGACCCUGACCCCCAUGCUCUCGUGCCUUCCCCCUCUGGCCAGGCCUGUGGGCUCUGUGGGGGCGCCCUUUCUUGGAGGGCAGGGUUGGACACUGAUGGACAGUAGGCAGGGAGACAGCCCCCUGGCCCUGCCCCCUCCCUCACCCCCUUUCCCUUUCCCAGGACUGCUCGUCCACUAUCAUCAUCACUGUUUUUUAAUGCUUUUAUGUUCGUUUUUUUUUAGCUGUCAACUCAUUUUCAUCUGUUUUUUGAAUAAAAAUGGAAAAAAUGUACAAGGUAGCCCCUCCCCAGGCUUUCUGAGCCUGGCCUGACCCAGUAUAGGAGGGCCUGGGGCAGGAUGUGGCCAGCCAGGAAGCAUAGGAUGGCAUUUCUUUUAUAGACUCCUUGGUAUUUCAGGGGUGGGGUGUGGGGGAGGGCUGGCCAGGGCUGUUCCUGACCACAAGGGAAUAGGAGAGUGCUACUGGGCAAAGUGUCCCACCAUCCACUCCUGACCCUCCUUCCAUAAAGCUCAUCCUGGCAGUGGGGUAAUGGCUGCCACCCUUCCACCAAAAAAAAAAAAAAAUCCCAUCCUUAUGGGAUUCUUGGGCAUCUCCUGCCUCUCUUACUCUCACAGUAAUUAAUGUCUUAAUUGGCUGUUGCCUGGGGAACAAGAGAGCUGCUUCAGGCAGAUGACCUCAUGGGGGGUGGAGGGAGAUGAGGUGCCCAGGUGGCUAUUUGCCCUGCAGAGCUGGGAGUUCCCUACCGCCCUGUUCUCUUCUUAACUUUGGCAUUCUUUGGCCUGGUAGGGAAAUAGAGACCCGAGGUGGAGACCUAUGUGGGUAUAAAGCCAGGUGGCCCGCUUCUUUUCUGGGUUCUAGCACAAGUAGGGUACCUUUACCCAAUCUGGUUCCCACUGCCCCUCCCCACCUACGGGCUGGGGCCUGGAAAGAGGAAGAGGCUGCCUGGGGCUGGGCCAGCCUGCAGUGCACUUUGACCCCUGCUCCUUGCUAGCAUGGCUGCUAACAGACUCCAGUGAGCCUUGCAGGAAGGCACUCCCAGUGGCCAUGGAAGGAAGGAGUUGGGCCUUCUACCAGCCACCUCCCUCCACAUUGCCUCCUGGCCGGCUGCCCACCCUAGUGCCAGGUGGGAGAGAGAGGAGAACAGCCAGCCCCUUCCAGGUGGCAAUUGGAAGGGGUUUUUUUUUGUUUGUUUUGUUUUUGUUUCUGUUGCCAUUUGUGUAAAUACUAGUCUUUUUGGAAGAAAUAAUGUAAAGAUGUUUUGUAUAAACUCCGAAUUAUU